GCAAAAAGAACCCGAAAUAUACCGAGUAUUUGAGGAAAUUAGACACAACGGCAAUUACUACGCUUCGAAAAAAUGCUUCUUUUCUGUUUGUCCUAAUGCCGAACACCUUUAUAAAACCGUAGACCCUGCCGUUAGUUCUUUCCUCGCCGAAAAAAGAAUAGCCACGGCCGUGCCUGAACUCCACGAUUGCCAAGUUAAGUGCCAUAUCCAAGUCCGCAAAGGCAAGAAUAAAAAGAAAAAUCGUGCUAACCACAACCCUAAUUUAUGCCGUUGUAAAAUUCGCCACGAAUGCCGUCAAAAUUGGCACAUUCACCUGGUAAUUAGCGACUUUUUUCCUAAUCAUUGCCGUCAUGCUAAAUGUGGUUUAGAAUUAGGACGGGGCUUUAAAUCACCCGAAGCCAUAGUUCGGUAUUUAGCCAAGUAUCUCAUUAAAAAUUUUCGCUUACGCCAAGACCCCGAAAAAGCCCAAAAAUACGGACUUUUGUCAGGUAUGGCCGUUUAUAAAUUUUUCCGUGUGGGGAUUAAAAAACCCGUCCAAUAUUCCCGUGUGUUUAUUAACAACGAGCCCAAUUAUUGUUAUCAAGCCGAACACGAAUUAGCCCCACAUUUUGAACUAGACCGAGAAAAAAGAUUACGAGUAAAAAGGCAGACUUGCCAGCAGACCCAAGCCAAAGCACCACCAAAUAAAAAAUCAUACUCACCGAUUGAUUUUAUAAAACUCUGCCUGGCUACUUCGUCCCGUGCCACACCCAUAAUCCGCCUAGAAUUUGAGUUUAACGGAACCAAAACUUAUGAGAAAUUUCAGACCGUAAUUUUACCCGCUUUAAAGUUGCUAAAUCUUCCGACCUUCACCAAAUUUGCUGAUUAUCAACCUUCGUUUGCGGAAUUGAAAAAAUACGCCCGAGUAGCCGCUGACCCCUCGGUUGCUGACAACAUACCCAUCCUAGAAAUCUACAACCGCAUUUAUUUACGAGAAAUCCGUGAGGAAAUAAGCGGGA